GGAGGAGAGGAGAGCUGUGGGUCUUGUGUUUGGAGGAGGGACUCCAUCAUUUAAAGAAGUAACUAGUUCCUGGUUUGCCAGUGAAGAAGGAAGAGAGGCAGCGGUAAACCAUCUUCGUCUCAACAUGAACGUCCGUCCCACUUUGAUCUGCUUCUUCUUCCUCUGGCUGAGUGCUGUCUCAUCAGCUGCUGGACGUCAGUACUAUUUUGUUUAUGACAGGAAGAACUUUACUGAAGCCCAAAGAUACUGCAGAGAGAAAGACGGAGACCUGGCCACUGUAGACAACAUGGAGGUUAUGAAGAUCCUGAACAACACGGCAAAUUUAGACAACAUGUUCUACUCCAACAACAGCUACAGAGCCUGGAUAGGACUGUACGAUGACCAUGUCCCCAACCCCUGGAGGUGGUCACUGUCAGACACAAGUUUCUACAAACCCGGGGAGACGGAGUUCAGACGAUGGAAGACUGGACAACCAGAUGUUGGAUACAGUAGAAAAGUCUGCACAGUGAUGCGUCCUUCUGAUGGACUCUGGGACGACGUCGGUUGUGACGGCAGGUGGUAUCCAGUCUGUGCAGAUGUCAGAGGAUCAGAUGUGACUUUUGUCAUCGUCGCCCUAGCCCUGACAUGGACUCAAGCCCAGAGCCACUGCAGAGCUCACCACACAGACCUGGCCAGUGUGAGAAACAUGGCAGAGAACCAGAAGGUACAGGAGAUGCUUUACGGAGGAGGUGUAUACUGGUUUGGCCUUUUCAGAGACUCCUGGAAGUGGUCAGAUGGAAGUACCUCCUCAUUCAGCUUCUGGAAGAACGGGCAACCUGAUAACAACAACGAGACUUGUGUGGCUGCAGACUUCAGCCAAUCAGGAGCCUGGGAGGACUGGCCCUGUGACAUGGAGAGAGCGUUCAUUUGCUACGGUCCAGGUGAGUGCUAACCCGG